AUGCCUGCUCGACCCCCCGACUCCUUCCUCCGCUUCUACCUGGGCACCAGGACCAACGAGGAGCUUCGUACCGUGCUUAACGACGCCGGCUGCGGGCCUACCGACCAAAAUGAUAAGGCUGGCCUGGUCUCCCUCAUUAUGGACAAUCCCUACGUCCCACUCCCGGAAUCCUGGGAUGUGGACUUUGCAGGGAUCGUCGCUGACAUUCGUAGGACCGAGGCUCCCGCUACCACUACCGAGACACCCGCUACCACUCCUUCUCCUUACCCUCCCCCGCCUCCCCCGCUCACUAGUCUUGACCACUCUAUGGCACAACUCCAGCAGAUGAUGAGGGACUUAACCACGAAGGUGGACCAGCAACGCGAGUACAUUGACCAACAGCUCCGUGAGCCCCUUCCUACUAUGGCUACUUCGUCUGUGCCCGAGCCUGUGCCCGAGCCUGUGUCCGGGUCGUCUACUUUUGGUUCUUCUCUUCCUCCUGCUGUCCAUGUUUCUCCUCCUUCUGCUGUACCUUCUUCUGCGCCCCCGGCGCUUACCAACCGGUCCCCGAGUACUCCCCUUCGUGGGGCUGUACCCUCCCCCAAGGUGGAUGCCCGGUCCGAGUGGGCCUAUAUUCCUCCCAGCGUUUUUGACUCUGUGGUGGAUGGCUCAUUCGAGAUCCGGGAUCUCUGGAAGCUGGACCCCACCCGUCGUCUGGAAAUUGACAAGAUGGGCAAGGCGGUUACCAGCGACCGCGCCUUGAACGGCUUGGCUGAGCUCUUGCAGAGCACCUCGGCCUUUGCUGAACAGUCUCGGUCAGCCACCAAGUAUCGUUCGAUGGACGACAUCAUUUUGCCGUGGUCGGUCUUCUGCCGUAUUCGCGAUGUCGCGCAGCCUGGUAGCGGCCACUACCUGUCUGCCCACGUCACCCAAUUGUACUUGGCCUCCUUUGCCCUGCGUAAAAACUUUCACGCGGUUCUCCGCUACCACCUAGACGUCUGCCAGAAGCGCCUGAGUCUCGGUGACGCCGUCGUCUGGGACGACUGGUGCUCUCUCGACAAUGUCGUCCUUAACACUUCUCUGGUCCAAUCUUUCGCGUCUUCCUCUUCUACCUCUGGGGUUCCCCGCCUUCCUUCUGUCUCUUCUCCUAGUGCUUCACGCCCCCGGUCGUUCUGCCGUAACUGGAACCAGGGCACGAAGUGCCGCUUUGAUCCUUGUUCUUGGCCGCACAUUUGCUCGUCCUGCCUUGCACCUGGACAUCGGGGCCCCGCCUGCCCGUCGGCCUUGCGGGCGGCGGGUGGUCCUGCGAAGGAUAUCGCCUUUUACUCUUUUUCCUUUGCUUGUUCCCCAUGA